AUGCCCACCACAUCGCAUCACCGUAGCAGCUCUCCGGUGGCUUCAUCUCUGAGGCCAGAGCCAGCAUGUGUGGAGGACAUUCUGUCGGAGCUGCUUCCCUUCCUUGUCGAAGCUCCGCCGCGAUGUGACGGAUGCCCGUUGAACAGCUCUGCCGAGCUGCCCGCCGCGAGUCCGGUCCUCCCCAUCCCUCAGGCUGUUGCCAGCGAGCAUCGUGUGCAGGUCUCAAUCCGCGGUCGGCGCUACGAGACGACGAUGGAGGUGGCCCUCACCUACUGCCUCCUCUUCUUCGUGUUCUUUCAUUGGCCCUUCAGUUCGGAAGAUGAAGACAGUGCUGCAGCAGCGUGUGCGGGCAAUGUCGCCAGUGCGAAGGGUCCGCAGCGAACUGUAGGCGACGCGGUUGUGGCUUCCACUGCUACGCAGAGCGUGACGGAGACCCACUUGUUGACCCACUACACACGCGUUGUCGAGCCCGUGCUUCGCGUCUUCCUUGAUCGCUGGGCCGCGCCGCUGAACACCAAUGCAAGGACACAAGCCGAGAGGGAAAAGAUGGCGGACGCGGAGACGGAGAAAGCAGGCGAUGCAGUGCAGCUGGCGUUUCUUCCGCCACUGCCGCGUCCUGCCCGCAUCGCCUACGAUGGCGCCACACGUGUGUGGAAGUUCGAGUUCGCCGCGCGGCUCACAGCAGCGGAGGCGGCGGCGGUGCACGCUCGACACCAGCGCAGUAAUAACUGCGCAGCUCUGCCAUUGGCUGCCGCUGAUGGGAGCGCCGCUUUAACGAACGACAAGCUCAACAGCAGCCCCUUUCUUCUCCUCCAGAACGAGCACAUGGGGAUGCUGCUGGUGUUCCUGCGUCGGUGUUCGAAGGUGCGCACGGAGAGGCGGACAGCAGCAGCCGGCGCACUGCCUCCAUACCCCCCUCUUCCCAUGCGCUGGGCGGAGAUGAACUACGAUGAGCAGCUGUCAUUUGUGCAGCUGCUUCGGUGCUUCGGUGUUGUGCCGCUCAUGCCCAUGUACACGCGUCCGACAGCGCCCCAGACCACUUCGCUGUACAUCGGUGCGGAUGCGGUGGCAGCGGCGGCUCGGCCAAAGGGGGAGAGUGUGGCCUCCUCACUGCACACGCACACCGCAGAGUUUAUCCACAGGCAGCAGUCGGAGAUGCGGGAGGUCUCGACAGCAGCGGCGAGUAUUGCUGUCGAGGCCCCAGAAGUGGACAAGAAGGAGCGGCACAUUGACGAGGACGGCUUUGAUGGGCUCGUGCUGUCCGCGAAGGGGUGCGCGCGAUGUGGCAUGGCAGAACACUCGACGACGGAGUGCCACUACUAG